GUCUCGUUGCCCUCCCUCUCUCUCUACUCCCCUUUUCUUUAGCCAGCCGCCCCGCUCUCUCCACCCGAUCUCCUCCAGCAACCCGAAGAAUCCGACGAGGUAGUCCCGCGCUCCGGCCAUGGGCGACAGCCAGUACUCCUUCUCCCUCACCACCUUCAGCCCGUCGGGGAAGCUGGUGCAGAUCGAGCACGCGCUCACGGCCGUCGGAUCCGGCCAGACCUCGCUUGGCAUCAAAGCUGCCAAUGGGGUAGUUAUUGCCACCGAGAAGAAGCUGCCUUCUAUUUUAGUGGACGAAACAUCUGUGCAAAAGAUUCAGUCAUUGACUCCAAAUAUUGGAGUCGUCUACAGUGGGAUGGGUCCAGAUUUUCGCGUUCUUGUCAGGAAAAGUCGGAAGCAGGCUCAGCAGUAUUAUCGGUUGUACAAGGAAACCAUCCCUGUUACCCAGCUUGUCCGAGAGACUGCUGCCGUUAUGCAGGAGUUCACACAAUCUGGUGGUGUAAGACCAUUUGGUGUAUCGCUGUUGAUUGCUGGUUAUGAUGACAAUGGCCCGCAGUUGUAUCAGGUUGACCCAUCUGGAUCUUACUUCUCCUGGAAAGCAUCAGCUAUGGGAAAAAAUGUGUCAAACGCGAAGACCUUUCUUGAGAAAAGAUACACCGAAGACAUGGAGCUUGAUGAUGCCAUCCAUACUGCAAUUCUGACAUUGAAAGAAGGAUAUGAAGGUCAAAUCUCUGCGAACAACAUUGAGAUUGGAGUUAUUCGAGCUGACCGUGAAUUCAAAGUUCUAACCCCAGCAGAGAUCAAGGAUUUCUUGGAAGAGGUGGAGUAAGCUGCCCGCUGACAACUUACUGUCUACAGCAAGAAAAGUGUCCGAGCAGUCUCCAUGAAGCUUGUCUUAUGUUCUAAACUUGCCACUUAAACUGAUUUGUUCCUGUGACACGGACGAGCUACAUUUGAAUCCCUGUGAAGGCAUUGUAGACAGCUAAGAUAACCUUUGUUAGGUGUAUGUUUUGUUGAAUCUCUGGAUUAACUUUUUUU